AUGUGGAUUCAAUUUAGUUUGCAAGGUAAAUAUAAGUGGUUGAAAAUCUUACCUGAUUUGAUCACAAAGUACAAUGAUACUAAGCAUCGAACUAUUAGAAUGAAAUCCAACGAAGUGUCUACAGCGAAUCAAUUUCAGAUUUUCAAAAGAUUUACUUGUGAGAGUAGAUCGCCGAAGAAGCCUAAGUUUAAGAUUGGUGAUAAGGUACGAUUGAGUGGAUUCUACGAACAGGAGCUCUUGAAGGCGAAGUAUCCAGAUGUUUAUCUUGUACAGAAAGUCUUGAAGAAGCGUGGAAAACAAGUAUACGUUAAAUGGUUAGGGUUUGAUAGUUCGCAUAAUAGUUGGAUUGAUAAGACUGAAAUAUAA